CACUCACUCGCAUAUUUUUCAGCUUUCGCUGGCUCAGUGCCAGUGUCAAUUCCAUGCGCCUCAGAAUCACAUUCUUUGGCGCUUAGUGAUAUCUCAGGCCUUCAGACUAGCUCCCCCUGGCAGAUUAAGAUACAGGACAUGGAAAUGACCGUAAAACAAAGCAAAACAAUGACGGGCACACAGCCGCUUCGCUUCAGCGCUGUGCUCGACACUGGUCCAGGAAAUAGCGUUAUGCUCAAAUUGGUUGGUAUGGAUCUCCUGGAUUUUUCACAGAGAUGCAUUUCAAGUUUCAAGUUGUAUUAGUCAUAUGUACUGGAUACACAUGGUAUACACCAUCCAACGAAAUGCAACAACAAUUAAAAAAAAAAAAAAGAUACAAACAUAAAGCGCACAGUCACACACACACUUUGUAUGAAAUUUAAGAAACAGUAGCUAAUAGACUGGACCAAUUUUAUGAAAACAAUCAUAUUCAUAAUAAUAACUAUCCUACACAAUACCGGUUCAAGCAACUAUUUCGAACGUAACAUGUUUGCGUCUUUCUAAAAAAAUGUUUUGGCAUCGUCAUCAUCCUGCGACUACCAACUCUCUACUAGUCAGUGAACGGAGAACCGAGAGCACUAUCGCUUGAGGUAGCGGAGUGCAUCAAGUGGAUAAACUGUCUAAUUUUCAGCUAAUUCCCCUUCAGUGCUGUUCGGACACGGACCAUACACCAUCCCCAAGUGGAUUUUUUUUGUCUGUGGGUGACCCGAACUGUUGGACGAAUUAAAAAAAAUAUUAUAAUUUGGCAUCAUAUCUAAGCAGAAAGGAAAGUAUUUAGAGUGGUAUCCGAGGUUAGCCAGUUGGCUAACUGGGAAGGUUGCCUAGCUAGCUACUGCUGAGAAAAUACGAAGCAGAGGGAGACCCCAGCGGCAAAAAGGGCCAUCGACGUGAGCUGUAUCCUGAAGAGGAGCGCUCCGUUUUUCUGGACACAUCAAGAGGAGCCGGAGUCCAUUUAGCUGUGUUCUACUCUGAUAAUUUCGCAGUGAGUCCUCAAUAACUCCUCGGUGCUCAGGCCCUCCACAGACAAACAGAAUGGAAGAGGAGAGAGAAGGCCAUUAAGGACUCCAAGAGAUAUAUAUACAACAAUGUUGUGCUUUUCUCUCUUAAUGAAAGCCAGGAAGUGGGACCACCAAAGGUUCUUUCUCUGAAUAACAGCUUUUUUUCACACGGAUUGUGGUGGUGAUGGAGAAUGUUGCCUCCACUGACAGCCCUAACAGAGGGGCCAGGCCGGGAGAGGAGAGGAGAGGAGAGCAACCCCCAGUGUGGCCUGACCGAGAGACUCAAUGCCAAGCCCUUCUCCUCCUCAGACAGCCUAGUGAAGGUCCAGGAGGUAGCAAGCUGGCUUUUGGAAAUGAACCAGGAUCUGCUGUCGGGGGGCAGCAGGCGGGGCCUGGGGGGCCGGCGAGGGGGCCCGGGGGCCCAGCGAGGUAACGCCUCCUCCUCGGCCCGGACGCCCCAGGGCCAGCAGCCUGGAGAGGAGGCCGACGAGGAGGAGCACAUGAACCGGGUGGUGGAGGACCAAGAACACCAGCAGUCCAGAGUCCAGCCUGCGGCCUCGGCAGGGGGGGAAGGAGUGGAAGAGCCGUGGACCUCCAGGCAGAAUGGGCCCCAGGGAGACGGGGAGGAUGGAGGAGGAGUACCCAACGAGGUGAACGGAGGAGUGACUAAGGGCGGCAGGUGGAUGUGGGAGGCGGAGCGACGGCAACAGGGGGGGGGUGAUGAGGAGGAGGAGGAAGAGGAGAACAACAACAGUGGCAGCCAGCAGGGAGAGGAGGAGGAAAGGACAGAGGGAGGCGCGAGAACGGGGAGGGAGGAGGAGGACGAAGAGGAGAUGGACCAGGACAGUGAUGACUUUGAGCAUUCGGAGGAGAGUGGGAGGGAGGAGGAAGAGGAGGAGGAGGGGGAGGAUGGCCUCCACUCACCCUCCCUCAGGAGUGAUGCGUCUGUCCCCAACAACAACCUGGACCAGUCCUCGGGGUGCCAACACCAAAGCUCACCCAUCAAGAAGAAGGGUUAUAGCUUCUGCGACCGUAAUCGCAAGCUGUCGGCUGGUGUUUAUGCCCAACGGAGGAUGCUAAUGUAAACAGGAAGGAACCUCAACCCACACUUGUACACAGUGGCAGGCCGUCGCUGUUCAAGGGGCUGAACUACUCAUU